CUCGCCCAGCAUCAGCCCCGAGAGGAAGACGAUCUCCACCGUUGCGCAGCUGGAGGAGCUGGUGCAGGAUCUCUGCACGCACGACGGCCUCAUGUGGAACCGGGCCGGCUUCGCUGACCUCGUCCGCCUCAAGUCAUCCGGUUUGAAUGAGACGCAGCUGUACCUGAGCGAGCUCGGUGUGGUGGAGGUGGCGGACACGGAGGCCGAGGGCGGGUUGGCGCCGGGCCAGGCGGCUCCGGGGGCCGUCCCCGCCGUCCCGGGCCGUCGUCAGCCCGGCGCUCUCUGCUGCUGCUCCAACUGCGGCUGCUUCGGCGAGCCGGCCGACUUCUACGCCGACGGCGCCUUCUGUGGCAAGGUUUGUCAUGACGUUGCGGCGGGCCGCGCUGCAAUAAAGAAAAAAAGAGCCGAGCUUGCCGAUAAAAAGAAAAGGAAAUUGGCAGACGUUGAGGAAGAAGACGAAAAAGAUGUGAAACCAUGGAAAAAGCUCCAUGAGGACAGCCCGCCGCUGGUGUACGGCGGCGGCAGCUUCUCCUGGUCCCGGUACCUGAGGGCGCUCAGCCGGAGCGUGCCGGCGGCGCGCGCCGCGCCAGAGCUGGGGCCGGAGCUGCCAGAAGCGGCCCGCUUCCUGCCGGGCCAGCGGCUGGAGGCGGUCGACCCGGCGCGGCCGGAACUCAUCUGCGCCUGCACGGUGGCCGAGGUGGUCGGGAGCCGGCUGCGGGUGCACUUUGACGGGUACAGCGUGCGCUUCGACUUUUGGACGGAUGCGUCGUCUCGGCUGGUGUUCCCGUGCGGCUGGACGGAGCGGCACUGGGCGCCCGCCUGCAGCGUGCGGCCACCGCGCGGCCACGUCGGCCCCUUCAGCUGGCCGGCGUACCUGCGCCAGCAGGGCGCCCAGGCUGCGCCCGACCGCUGCUUCUCCGGUCUCGACGAUCUCGAGUCACCCUUCAAGCGGGUGUCGUCGGACCUGCACGUGGGCCACCGGCUGGAGGCGGCGGACGUGUCAGAGCCGCGCCACAUGCGGCCGGCGCGCGUGGCGCAGGUGCGCGCCUUCCAAUUCCUGGUGGAGUUCGACGGCGCGGCGGCGCCGCCCGGCUUCUGGGCCGAGUUAGACUCGCCGCGCGUGCGGCCGGUGGCCUGGGGCGAGGAGCACGGCCUGCCCGUGCUGCCAGCCGACGGUCCCGAGGCGCGGCCGUUCAGCUGGCAGUCGCACCUGGUGGAGACGCGCUCGCUGCCGGCGCCGGUCCCGGCGCUGGUGCGUGUCAUGCACGUGGUGGAGGUGACGCGCCACGGCCUGUGCGUUGCCGACUGUCCGUACGUGGAGGACGCCGAGCGGCGUCACCAGGCCGCUGACCGGCUCACCUCCGAACUGCCCGAGGAACCCGACCUCACCAGGUACUGCACGGGCUGGGGAGGCGGACGGCGGGGGCGCGGCGCCUGGAGAGGCCCGCGCCCCGACAGCGGACCGCCCAGCAGCAGGGGAAGUGUCCACCUGCACCGAGACCUGAGCAGCAUCGCCAGCGAAGUCUCUAACUCCGUCUUCGACAGCAAGGACCGACCCGUCCAAGAUGUGCGCGCCGCAUGGCCGCGCUGCCCGCUGCUGCGCCGCGUGGACCGGUUCCUGGCGGAGCACCGUGCCGUCCACCUUUGGGGCGCUAACAUGGUGCGCCUGUUCCUGGAGCAGUUCGCGCCGCCGGCCGCCGACGCGCGGCGACUGCAGACGUUUGUGGAUGAGGAAAUUGACGGCGAGUCGCUGCUGCUGCUGACCCGCGAUGAUCUGCGCUCGCUGCUCAAGCUCAGUCUCGGCACCGCCAUCAAGUUGCACGGCUGCAUCGUACGCAUGCGCAAGCACUUCAACUACCGCGGCCAGAAGGCUAACGCCAACGGCUCCAGGCCGACCUCCAGGUCUUCCAACGGCUCCAGGCUGAACUCCAGGUACUACACCUGCUCCAGGCUGGCCUCCAGGUCCAACACCAACUCCAGGCUGGCCUCCAGGUCCAACACCGACUCCAGGCUGGCCUCCAGGUCCAAACCAGCCACCGGCCCCAGGCUGACCUCCAGGUCCUAUACCGACUCCAGGCUGGCCGCCAGGUCCAACACCGACUCCAGGCUGGCCUACAGGUCCAACACCGACUCCAGGACGACCUCCAGGUCUUACACCGACUCCAGGCUGGCCUCCGGGUCCAACACCAACUCCAGGCUGGCCUCCAGGUCCAACACCAAUUCCAGGCUGGCCUCCAGGUCCUACACCGACUCCAGGCUGGCCCCCAGGUCCAACACCAACGCCAGGCCGACCUCCAGGUCCAACACCGACUCCAGGCUGACCUCCAGGUCCAAACCAGUCACCGGCUCCAGGCUGGCCACCAGGUCCUACACCGACUCCAGGCUGGCCUCCAGGUCCUACACCGACCCCAGGCUGGCCUCCAGGUCCUACCCCGACUCCAGGCUGACCUCCAGGUCCAACACCGACUCCAGGCUGACCUCCAGGCCCAAACCAGUCACCGGCUCCAGGCUGGCCUCCAGGUCCUACACCGACUCCGGGCUGACCUCCAGGUCCCACACCGACUCCAGGCUGGCCUCCAGGUCCCACACCGACUCCGGGCUGGCCUCCCGCACCAUCUGGCGCCCAGGCUCCGCCGCGGCCGUCGCCGGCGGGCUGCCAGCGGGGCACAGUGGCGGCAGCUCCGCCCGCCGGCAGGCCCCUUAACAUGCUGCCGAGGUCCAUGGCUCUCCCCUGGCCGGGCGCACCGGCUGAGGCGCCGCCGCCUGCCUGCCUGCCGGCCACGAAGGCCGUGGUCUGCUGCGGGCCGUAGCCGCCGCGGGCGCCGCCACCGGUUCCGACGCACCCAGCGCAGUCGCCGGACGCGGAGAAAGCCUGGCCGACACCGGCACCAUGAC